AUGAAACUUAACUUAUGGACUUGUUUCUUUAUGUUGGCUGUUGAUUUUGAUUGGACAGAAGCAGUGAGAUAUAAACGAGUUGUUGCCUUCCAGAAAGGAAGUUCAUACUUUUACAGAAUAAAUUACAAAAUAAAUUCAGUAAGUUGGACGACUAUAUUUGCUCACGCUUCUGGAUUCAAAGUAGUUUGGCCUCUACCUGAUGGCUCCAGAUCACGUAGAGCUAUAGAAAAUCCACAUGAAAGCAUCCAUCUCAUGUACGAAAGUUAUGGACUUAAUGGUCAAACCUGUUUAUCCAGCAACCUUUGCGAAGCAAUAAAUUAUGCUGAACACAAAGGCGGAAUUAUGAGCAAGAUAUUAAAAUUACUAGCGAGAACAUCAAACGCCAAUUGGACUCAUGUUGAGGACCUGACACUUGAAUGCAAGCAACACAUGAUGGCCUGUCCUAUGCAAUUGAUUAAUGUCAAUAGCUUCUUUGAACCUUAGCAUAUCCAGUCUCUACUAACCAGUACGAAGGUCAAUUGAAGCUAUUGUCAAAU